ACCCGCGGAUGCCGGCGGACGGGCAGGCCCGGCGGGGCCCGCUGCGGCCCCGGGACUCCCGCCGGCUCCCGGGGGGCUCGGGCCGCCCCGCCGCCCCUCCCGCGGCCCGCCCGGCGGCGCUGGCUCUCGUCACGCUCCUCAGCUUCGCCUCCCGCUUCCACCGCCUGCCGGAGCCGCCGCACGUCUGUUGGGAUGAAACUCAUUUUGGGAAGAUGGGAAGUUACUACAUUAAUCGGACCUUCUUCUUUGAUGUCCACCCCCCUUUGGGGAAGAUGCUGAUUGGACUCGCUGGCUACCUUAGUGGAUAUGAUGGUACAUUUCCUUUCCAAAAGCCAGGGGACAGAUAUGAGCAGCACAACUACGUGGGAAUGAGAGGGUUCUGUGCAUUCCUUGGCUCCUGCCUGGUUCCCUUUGCCUACCUCACAGUGUUGGAACUGUCAAAAUCACUGCCAGCAGCCUUACUCGCAGCUGUCAUCCUUAUUUUUGAUACAGGCUGUAUUACUUUGUCCCAAUAUAUUCUGCUGGACCCCAUUCUUAUGUUCUUCCUCAUGGCAGCAGUUCUGAGUAUGGUGAAAUGUAACAACUGUGCAGAUAGGCCAUUUUCUGCAUCCUGGUGGUGCUGGCUGAGUCUGACUGGUGUAAACCUUGCUGGAGCAAUGGGGGUAAAGUUUGUUGGCCUUUUUGUAGUCCUCUUGGUUGGCCUCAACACAAUCUAUGACCUAUGGGACUUGUUGGGGAACCUCAGCCUGUCACUGGUCAUGUUUGGGAAGCAUCUACUGGCUCGUGUACUCUGCCUCAUCCUGCUCCCGCUUGCCCUCUACACAGCUAUGUUUGCUGUUCAUUUUACAGUAUUAAAUAAAAGUGGUCCUGGAGAUGGUUUCUUCAGUUCAGCAUUUCAGUCCCAGCUGAUCGGGAACAAUCUUCAUAAUGUCUCCAUUCCAGAGUACUUGGCAUACGGGUCUGUGGUCACAAUGAAGAACCUUCGGAUGGCAGGGGGAUACCUUCACUCCCACUGGCACCUCUACCCUGAGGGCGUUGGGGCUCGUCAGCAGCAGGUCACUGCUUACUUACAUAAAGAUUUGAAUAACUUGUGGAUUAUAAAGAAACAUGAUUCAGAUACAGCAGAUUUGUCAGACCCCUCAGUCCCUGUGGAGUUCGUGAGGCAUGGAGAUAUUAUUCGUCUGGAACAUAAAGAAACUUCUAGAAAUCUUCACAGUCACCAGCAUGAGGCCCCUCUGACACGGAAGCAUUUUCAGGUCACUGGCUAUGGAAUAAAUGGAACAGGAGACUCCAACGAUUUCUGGCGGAUUGAAGUGGUGGGCAGAAAGGCUGGGAAGCUCAUCAAAGUCCUGCGAAGUCAGGUCCGGCUAACCCACGUGGCCACAGGGUGCAUAUUGGGCUCUUCUGGAAAGACUCUGCCAAAAUGGGGUUGGGAACAAGUGGAAGUUACCUGCACACCCUACCUGAAGGAGACUCCCAAUUCUCUCUGGAACUUUGAAGAUCAUAUUAACCCUAAGUUGCCCAAUAUCAGCCUGGAUGUUUUAAAGCCCUCUUUUGCAGAAAUUCUGCUAGAAUCCCACAUGGUUAUGAUCCGGGGAAACAGUGGCCUCAAACCAAAGGACAAUGAAGUUACAUCCAAGCCUUGGCACUGGCCCAUCAACUACCAGGGCUUACGUUUUUCUGGUGUCAAUGAGACUGAUUAUCGGGUCUAUUUGCUGGGAAACCCGGUGAUUUGGUGGCUAAAUCUGGUCACUAUCGGGUUAUAUCUUCUGAUAGCAGUUUUCACUGCAGUGACCCUGAAAAGAGGUGUCCAACUGACAUCUGAACACAAAGAACUGUCCAGGGUUGUGAUACGUGGUGCAGGGCAGAUCAUGCUGGGCUGGCUCCUUCAUUACCUCCCUUUUUUUAUGAUGGGCCGAGUUCUCUAUUUUCACCACUACUUUCCUGCCAUGCUUUUUUCCAGCAUGUUGACAGGAAUCACCUGGGAUACACUACUGAAGUUCUGUGCUGGGUUCUUCUCACCUAGCACUACGGCUAGAAAAGUGUAUAUAGGGGGGUUCCUGGCACUGGUUCUGCUCAUCGUGUACAGCUUCUACCUCUUCCAUCCUCUGUCCUAUGGGAUGAUAGGACCAAUGGCCUCUGACCCCAGCAGCCCGAUGGCAGGGCUCCGGUGGAUGGACUCCUGGGAAUUCUAAAGCCAGCAAAAGAAACCUGGGAACAGUGGAUGAGAGAUGAGAUCUGCUGCAUGUCAGGCUGAUUCUGGUGCUUGGCGACAUGUGACUGUAAACUUCCCUCUCUGGAGAACUCUGGGUAUAGUAGCCCUGUUAUUUUGGCAUUUGUUUGCACUGCCUGCAUUGGAAGAUGCAGAGGAUGACCAUGAGAAGGUAGUCUUAAGAAGACUCAUGUUUUGAAUCUUUAGGAUGUAUUUCUAGACAGCUGGCUGCUUAAAUCUCAAUCCUUCUGAGCAAUAUAAGUCAAUCAAACAGCACUGGCAUUCCAGCAGUCAGACCAGCACAAAUUGAAGGCUGUGUGUAGUUGCAUGUUUGCCUGUGUGUGUCUUCUGGUAAUCUAAGCAUCAUUGCAGUUUGAGAGCCAGACAGUGUCUGAGUCAUUAGGACUUUAUCAUGAUUGACAACCUUUCUUAUGGUGAGGUUUCUGAAAGCUUCAUGUAAGUAUCUGGGGACCUCCAUUCUACUCUGUCCUGGGUAUCUGUGUUUAUUUAUUCUGACCCCGAGUUUUUGGAGUUUGACUGAAAGGGGUUCUGCUUGAAAUCUCCUGAGCCACUGUGCCUUUCCUGCCUCCCAGGCCCUCUGCAGACAGAGGAGAUGGCGAUUGUUUAUCCCUGUACACUGCCUUGUUUUCUAGUCAUCUUUAAUCAUUUAUAACAAUCACCUAACAGGCCUGCACUCGGGGCCAGACUGUUCCAGCUCAGCACUUUGUAGCUUCUUUGCAGUUCUGUCUGAAACUGCUAAGGAAAUUACAGUGGAAAUAGCAGACAAUUUCUGUCCCUGUAUGCUGUGAAGACUGGCUUUUUGGGGAUGUACUUUUUUUUUGGCAGUGGGACUGAAAUGGUAGUUUGGGAAUAUUACAGACAACUGUUGUUCAUAUUUUGAUCCCAGCUAUUUCAGUGCCAGUACCUAGGAUUUUAGGGGGAGGGCUUAAUCUGAAUGAGUGUAGAAUCUGUAGGCUGUAUUCCAGCAAGUUCUCUGUCAGAGAUGGCUGACCAUCAAAUUACUGCACUGAAGAAAAUAUGAGGCCAGGCAAAAAUUCUUUGUCUACUACGUGUCAAGAGCCAUUGGAUUUUGAAUCCACCCCUUCCAAGAAAGAGGAAUGCUAUUUAUCAGGUGCCUUUCUCCUGUGAUAGGUCUGUUUUUAUAAAUGUUCCUUUUAUUCCAUCUCCCAAGCUUCACCCAAUUUCAAUUUAUUGUCAUAGUUCAAGGUUGCUGCCUUGCAGCAUCUGUCAUGAAUGACACUCUGUGUUCCUGUCUCAAGAAGUAAUAUUUGCAAAACUCUUUUCUGUGUGUUUCAAGGAAUUCAAGCCUUUCAUUUCAGAGUUCUUGCUCUGCUUCUCAGCCUUGCAUCAAAAUUACAGGUACAGGGAGAGCAGCAAGUGUGUCCGUUUUAAACAUGAAUUGUACAUUCAUUUCUCUUAUCAAACCUUGAAUUCUGAUGUCUUCCCUACAACACAGCAUUGUUCAGAUCCAUAGCAUUGUUCAGUAAGUGGCUGCUUGCUAUUGUAAGGCUCUGGCAGUGUGUGUCACAUCUGUCUGCAGAAGCUGACUCCUGUAAACACUAACUGAGAUAGUAUUGACCUGUGCUUUUGAUUCUGAAGGCUUUGAGUUUAUCACCUGCUGAUAAUACAUGGUGGGAAGUCAUUGCUCUAAUUAGCUACUGGAUUUGAUGAUGCUUUUCCACUUGCUAUUGCAGGAAGUGAUCUCACCUGCAUGAGUGAGGGGUUCACAGAGGUGAUAUAUAGGCAAGAAGGAUGAGGGAGAAGGCUGCAACUUAAUGAGAUCCUGCUUUAUCUGACAGCAGCUGUGUAUUGUUAGCUGUUGGCAGCAUGGCAGGCAGACAGUGCAGUGCUGCCUUUGGAGCAAUGUGAUUCAGCGUCUUCUGCUCUUGGUGAGAUAAUUGGCUUAAUACCUUGCUGUGCCAAAUAUGAGCUUUCCCUAAGGUAGUCCCAUUGCCAUGGGGAGGAUUAGCCAGAAGAGCUGAUAAGAACUGUGAUUUCAGGUGCAGGGUUUUCCCCAGCUCGUAGAAUCACACAGUUGACCUUAAUGCAAAUAACAAAGAAAACUAAUAAACCUGUGAGUGUUUUGGAAUGAGUUUCUAACACCCUUUGUUCGUAACAUUAAAUCUGUGGGAAAGCAUAGAUUGACUCAGUUACCGUAGUUACUUCUGUUACCAUGAAGGGGUCAGCUUUGUAAGAGCUGCCUGAGGAAGAUGAGCCAGUGUGUUCUUGGCCUGGGUCCCUCUAUCCUUUAUUACUGAUAGCCUUUUGGGUGGGGAUUGGCAGCUGAGUUUGGGGAUUGGCCAGCUGAAGGUGGCAAAUGUCAUGCUCCCAUCCCACCUUCCAGUGCACAAGCCCAGCUUCUGUGUCACUACAGUCAAAGGUUUAUUUUUCUUUAGUACUAUCAUUUUGCAAAUCCUCUGAGAGCACUUGAUUGGCAUUGAGACUAAUCUGUUUCUUAGGCCUUGUGCACUGAUAAGGGGAUGGAGGCACACAAUGAAAAAAGACCUGGCUAUUCCACAAGAGGGAGCAUCUCCAGCAGAGUAUUUUUUUAUUUUGUAUUUUUUUUUAAAUCUGAAGUUAAAAGUAUUAAAAAGUCUACAUUUGAAGACUAGAGGGCAGACAUUUCCUCUGAGCUCCAAGAGUUGGGUUUUCAAGUAAGUGUAAAUUGAUGCUGCUCUGUUUUCUUUCAGGAAAAAAAUACUGAAACAUUAUUUUAGUUGGAAUUUAACCUUUGAUAUUUGCUUCUCAAAACAAAACCUGUCAGGCUACAGCUGGCUCAUGAUACUAACUAGUAUUUUGUGAGGUCAAUAAAAUACAAUAAUUGGGAGCUUCUUAUGAAAUCUUGACUUAAAACAUUUGAAUGGUGCAGAUGUGAAGGUGCUUUCUAAUGGAAUUUGGGCUCCGUGAGUUCACUUUUUCCAUUUGUGCUUGUGGAAUGAGUUCAUGUUCAUUUUGAGAAUUGCUUGUUAGUCCUCUUCCUCAUUCAAGUGAAAAACAGCUAACAGUGCUUUCUGAGGCCAAGAGAUGCUGCUCUCUGGAGCAGCUGCUCUCUUUGAAUUUUGCCUGACAGGGCUCCUUUUAUCACUGACAAAGUGUUUCAUCAAACUCUAUCUGUGGAUUCAAAUCACAGGAAGAUACAGGCUGCCAGAUUCCCUGCUUCAAAUUCUUUUUUUAUGUCUAAACUCCAUUUUCACCUUUUCAGUCUUUGGAGGAUAGAUAGAAGGCCUCUAGGCUCAUCUAGCUUAAUUCUGAACAAUCUGUCCACCUUUAAAGGUUUCUAUUAAGAGUUGCUUUGAGACAUGGAUGCACACACACCUACUUCAGCAGCUGGGACUAGCCUGUUUCCAGGAACUGGACUGCUUGUGCUGUGAGACAGAGAUGUGACUCUGAGGAGGUUUUGAAUAGAGAUUCCUGUGCCAAGGUUUUUCCUGGUCCAGGUGGAAGACUUCUGUGUUGUGCACUGCUUAACAUCAUUGUUCACAGCCCUGUGGGUGGGAGAGCCACCACCACUCUUUCAUCUGCAGAGAGUUUUGGUUUUUUGCAUCUUGAUUGGAAGGGCUUAUUGUUGCACAAAGGGCAUUGACUGAGCCUGCCUUCUUUCUUCUCCUUCCUUCUGUUUCUUCAAGUAUGCCCAUGAGGACAUGUCUUCGCUUCUCCUCUGAUGUUUAGGCUGUGCAUCCAUUCCGUAUGGAUGCCUGAACAAAAGGCAGGACUGGACACCUCACUGAGUCCUCAGCGGAUGAACACCUGUCAUGUGCACUGAGAGCAAAACCAGAACCUUGUUAUGGAAAGGUAAACAAAUGUGUCAUUUGACAGUUCCCUCCUGUAUUCCUCUGAGAAUAGUUUUCAAGGGACUUGAGAGUGAACCGUCAACAUGCAAACACAGACAUUUACCUGAAAUUCUCUGUUGCUGUGCUUAGUGGCUUCCCUUCCAGAAGCCCUGCCUGGGUGACUUACCUCCUGGGUUGGCACGCUGCACACAAACACCACAAAUACUGUUAAAACACUGUGAAAAUGUUCAUGUUCCAACAUUGUAACAAUGUGAAAAUCUCCUUAGCCCUGCCCUGUGCCUCUGCCAGUUGGAGAAUAUAGGUACAAUUUUUGUUCCCCUUAACAGCAAGUGACCCCAGACGUAGGCAAGUGUGUGUCCUGAAAGCAAAAACAUAUGGAGUGUUAGAAUAUAAAGCUCUCUCCUGGUGGGAAAGGAAAGCUGAGGAUAAGAACACCAUCUCCACAGCACACUUGCCCUUUUUGAGGGGCUGCAAGCAGGCAGGACAGAAAAUUGUGUCUGUCUUCUUUGAAGUACUAGACCUUGGUCUCGCGGUUGAUUGAGAGUUGCUUUACUUUUUAAACUCCCUUAUACUCUUUACUCGAAUGUCAAGGGCUAUGAUUGUCACAAAUGAUAUCUGAGGUAGGGAGCAUACUGGCACAGAAACCACUCCUGCUGAAUUUAUAAUUGGUCCUAAAACUUUUCCGAGAGGCGCUGUUUAGAGCCAUCCUUGGAGAACUUGUUCCUGACUGAGCAAGAGUUAGGAGCAGCAAUGAGAAGGGUUCUUUUGUAAUUCUGUUGUAUAUUCUGAACCUUUCUUACUAAUGCCGUGUGUGUGUGUGUAUGCAUCUCUCCAUAAACUGAAUGUCUUCUAACUGAGGUGUAAUUACUGCAUCAUACAGUGUGGAUGGGAGAAUGUUCCCUUGAGCUAUAAAUGUAUUUUAUACAAGAGACCAUGUAAAAUGGAGUAGAAUUUUGAAUUUAAUUUUGUAAUAAAUACCUCUUCUUUCAAGCA